AUGAAUAGCUACUAUCAUCUAUCUAUUAUCAUCGACGAAAUUAAACGAAUAUGCGAAACAGCAAAAUAUAAUAAAACAAUUUGUAGUACAUUAAAUAGUUUAAUAUCGUCUCUAGAAGCUGCUGUGAGGCAUUUACAACACGGAACAUAUAGUACAAAUUUUGAGAAGAUAGAUAAAUUUAAGCGGUCAUUGGAAAAUGUUAAAGAAUUUGUUAAAAAUAUAUCUCAGCUCCAUGGACCUAUAAUAUAUGAAGGAUACGAAGAUACUGCAAGUAUUAGGAAAAAAUUUUUACAGAUAAUGGAUGAGUGUAGAACUUGUAUGAAAGAUUUAGAUUUUCGGAUGGUAAUCACUGCCACUGCACAAAGGAGAAUCUGUAGGGAAAGUUUAAGAAAUUGUCAUAAUGAAACAGAACAAUUUAUUAUGAGGCGCAAUAAAUUCCUAAUUGAAAACAAAAACCUAAAUCGUGGCCUAUAUAUUACUAUCUUCGAACGAAAAAGAUUUUCAAAAUUCAAAUUUGAUGUUCACCCCGAAACUGUCCCGUAUGGCAAAAUAUUUCAAAUGAGUCUAAUAUAUCCAAUUACAACGCAAAAAGACUAUUUGCUUUUAGAGGAUCAUAUUAAUCCAUCUACAAUUAGUUCCGAACAUUAUCAUCUUUUAUCUGAUGUGUCAAUAAUAAGUCCAACUGAACGUAUCAAUAAAAUUUAUCUGGAAAUACAAUAUCCUUUAUAUGAUAUAUAUUUUAAUGAAAUGCUCCCUCGAGAGUUGAUUGAUAAAUUUAAUAAUGCCAUAGAACAUUAUAACCCUUACCAUGAAUUAAUGCGAGUGUUUGAAUGCUAUGGACAUUUUUUGCCUAAAAAGGUUACUAUUGGACGUAAGUUAUUUAGAAUGUCUGAUUUAAAAAUAACACCACUGGAACCAGUACAGGUAACUCAGACAAUUGUACGGACAACUAUUGAUGACUUUGAGAGUGAAUUUAUAAAAAUUUUUAAGCUUUGGGAAAGCCAAAUCGUAAAUUUUAAGAAAAAUUCAUAUUUGGUUAUGAUGAAUGGUAAAACAAUUGAUAUUAAAGACAUUCAAAAAUGGGCAUCAUCAUGUUUGGAGAACAGUUCAGAUUUCAACGAUCUUCAGAUCACCACUUGGGAAGAAUUGUGUCCUAUAUAUGAAAUGCUUAGUGAUCCUCUGAGAAAAGAUGUCAAAUCAAUUAUUGGCAUUAACGAUCACAUAGGUAAUUACAAGCCUAACGAAAAGGUACUCAUGUCGGGAUUGAGUUUAAUAGGUGAUUCUCAUUAUAAUAUUAUAACAUUGGAUCAUAAAUUGAAUUCUUCGGACUAUAAAGUUUUUGGGAAGGUUAUAUCACAAAAUGGGAAUCCAAUUGAAACAGUAACAGUUAAAUUUAAGGCUAAAUGUAAACAUAGCUUUGUAGCAAUAUUAGAAAACAUCGAUGAAGUUGACAACUCCAUAUAUCCAAAUUUGCAGUUGGCUUGGAUAUUGGUCGGGUUACCUAAGAUCGGAUAUUUUAGUCAAAAAACACGAGAUAUUUCUAUAUGGUCCUUAAAUAGCCAUAAAUUUAAAUAUAAGGAAAAUAUCAAAAUUCCCUUUAUUAUUCCUGAAACUUUACCAAAGGGUUCGAUUAUCUGUGCAACUUUUGGAUUUCCAUCAAAUUGUGGACCGAAUUUUGAAGCAACAAUUCAACAUGACCAUGGAAAUGAAUUUAAUGCCAUCAUAAAUGAUUCUAACGAUCAUGAUAUAGCUGAGAACCAAGAGUAUUAUUUAUUCCAAUGGUGCAUCCUCCAUUCUGAAAUUUACAUAAUUGAAACUAACAAUGAACUUACUUUUGAUUUGAAUUCAAUAAGUCAAUUUCAAUAUACAUAA